GAUUCACCCAGUUCCUGCUGAAGACUACCAGCGGACUUUUGCUGUAUCAUGUCGGACAUAAUGCUCUAGUUUAUAAUACUGGAUACAAAACAUGCACUCGCUUUGCAAUUGUAACAAGGCUGUGCCUUGGAAAAUAGUAAUGUUACUUGUUUCGAUCACAACGGUCCUGGUUACAUUUCCCUCCGGCACAGCGGGUUCUGAUGUCAGCCUCUGGUACCGAGACCUCUGCAGCUACAAAUGGGAGGCUAUAGACCAAGACAACAAAGUAAAAUACACACUGAAGCUCUGUGACUCCUCACCUCACACUGGAUGUGGGGCUGGUAGUGCUGUCUGUGCCAACAACCUCACCAGUCAAAAUAACCAGUCAGUGGGUGAUCUGUCCUUAAAGAAGGUGACUGGGAGCAGCGUGAUAGAUUUCAACAGCACUGAGAAGUGCCCAGGCAGUAGCGAUACUAAUGUCCAGAGCAGCAUCAGUUUCCAGUGUGGGAAGACUAUGGGAACACCAGAGUUUGUGACUGUGGCCCAGUGUGUUCAUUAUUUUGAAUGGAGAACAUAUGCAGCCUGCAAAAAGGAUAAAUACAAGCCCAAUAAAGAGGUCCCUUGCUAUGUCUUUGACACGGAUGGGAAAAAGCAUGACCUGAACCCACUCAUCAAACUCACAGAUGGUUACCUGGUGGAUGACUCGGAUGAUGAAGUUGACUUUUAUAUUAACAUAUGCAGAAGCCUAAACCGACCAGAGAGCCCCUGCCCCACAGGCUCUGCUGCCUGCUUGACCACCAGCAAUGGCUCCUUCAGCAUGGGCCUACCAACUACCCAGCUAGAGCUGAUCUUCAAGGACCGAUUGAGGCUGCAAUAUGAGGGAGCUUCAGUCAGCCCGCCGGACUUCUGCAGUGGCCAUAACCCUGCUGUCACCAUCACUUUUAUCUGCCCCUCACGCAGGCAGGAGGGUAGUGACCCCAAGAUGACAGCCAAAUCCAACUGCAGGUAUGAGAUAGAGUGGGUGACGGAGUAUGCCUGCCACAGAGACUACCUGGAGAGUCACAACUGCACCCUGACCAGCAAGCAGCACGACAUCAACAUAGACCUCACCCACCUCACCCUCGGCCCUACAGACGACCCCUAUAUGGCUGAGGACAAGAGCAGCGAUGGGAAGGACAACUAUUUCUACUACCUGAAUGUGUGUGGGGAGACCAAGGCAGGAGAGUGUGGUGACGACCAGCACUAUGUGUCCACCUGCCAAGUCAAAGCAACGGGAGAUGUCAAAAAGAUUGCCGGGAGAUACAUGAAUCAAACACUAAGGUACUCUGAUGGAGAUCUGACUCUGAUCUAUCCAGAUGGGAGCAGGUGUAGCUCGGGCUUUCAGCGCAUGACCAUCAUCAACUUUGAGUGCAACAAAACAGCAGGAAACGGUGGCCGUGGCUCACCUGUGUUUGCUGGUGAGACAGACUGCACCUACUACUUUGACUGGCAGACGGCUUACGCCUGUGUCAAGGAGACGGAGGAUCUACUCUGCAUGGUCACAGACAACAAGACUAUACACUAUAAGCAUUAUGACUUGUCCACCUUAACACGUUUCCCUGAGUCCGAGUCGGCCCAGAACUGGGAGGCUGUGGAUGCCAAUGCCCCCAAGUCAGACAGGAUGCGCUACUACGUCAAUGUGUGUCACAAAGUCCUCCAGCAGGGGGCCACCAGCACCUGCCCCGAGGACGCUGCCAUCUGUGCAGUGGGAAAGGAAAAAGUCAUCAGCUUGGGCAAAUUUCUCACCUCCCCUACCAAGACUGACAGCAACGACAUACAGCUCGUAUACACUGAGGGAGGAGAAUGCAGGAAGCACACAAAAAUCAAGACCAUCAUGAUUCUGAAGUGCAAGCCAGGUGACCUAGAGAGUGCCCCCAUCAUGCGCAGUGUGUCCAGUGACGGCUGUGUGUAUGAGUUUGAGUGGUACACGGCUGCAGCCUGCGUCAUGUCCAGGACAGAGGGGGACAACUGCAAGGUGGAAGACCCUCAAGCUGGGUUCUCAUUUGAUCUGUCCCCCCUGUCUAAACCUGGAGGAGGCUUCUACAACAUGUCCAAUGGAGAUUAUGACUACUUAAUUAACAUCUGUGGCUCUGUCACUGCAGCCAAAUGCCCUCUGAAGGCUGGGGCCUGCCAAGUGGACCAAAGUGGCUCUAAUUCAUGGAGCCUGGGGGAGUUUAACUCUCAGCUGUCCUACUAUGACGGGAUGAUCAAGUUGUCCUACAAUAACGGCUCUCAGUACAACAACAUGCAGCACACUCUUCGCUCCACUAUGAUCUCCUUCCUCUGUGACCGAGAGGCCGGCGCUGGAAAGCCAGAGUUUCAGGUAGAAGACGAGUACACCUAUAACUUCAGGUGGUAUACGUCCUAUGCCUGUCCAGAGAGGCCACAGGAGUGUGUGGUAACAGACCCCAACACUCUGGACCAGUACGACCUCUCCAGUCUUUCCCGGUCUAGUGUAGGGAGGAACUGGCAGGCCAUGGACCUGUCUGACCCUAACAACCUGAGGAAGUACUACAUCAAUGUGUGUCGUCCUCUGAAUGCCGUGCAGGGCUGUGACCGCCAGGCCUCCGUCUGCCAGAUGAAAUACGAGCCUCAGCAGGGCAUUCUGUCUGAAACAGUGUCUGUCAGUAACAUGGGCCUGGCUAAGAGAGGUCCAGUGAUCGAGGAGAAGGACCGCCUGCUGCUGGAGUACACGGGCGGCUCCAAGUGCAUCUCAGAUGGACUGAAACUCACCUACACUACACGUAUCCACCUGGUCUGCUCCAGAGGGUCUGUGUCAUCCGGCCCUCGUUUCCUUAGUUAUGGAAACUGCACUGCCAACUUCAUGUGGGAGACCGGGGCAGCUUGUGCCAUCAGUACUGCUGAUGACAAGAACAAGACCUGCUCUGUGAGGGAUCCCAACACCGGCUUUGAGUUCAAUCUGCAUCCUCUGUCCUCCAAGACUGGCUACAAGGCUGAGGGGAAUGGGAAAACGUUUGUGGUGAAUAUCUGUGACGAGGUGGCAGAGUGUAGUAAGGACCAGGGGAAGCCUGUAGCUGGCUGUGAGCUGGACCAUGGCCUGGUUGUUGGUCCUGUGGGAGUGGAGAGAUCUCUACAGUACUCUACUGACGGCCUGCUCACACUCACAUACAAAGGAGACCUGGACAGGCCUACAGGCACCAGGGACACCUUCACCAUUAGUUUUGUGUGUGACCAGGACGCCCACCCUGGCACUCUGAAACUGGUCCGAGAAGAGCUCAGCUCGUCUACACACGUCACCCAUGAUGUCCUCUUUGAGUUCUCCACAGCCCUGGCAUGCAUCCCUGCCCCUGUGCACUGUCAAAUCACUGAUUCCCAUGGUAACGAGUAUGACCUGAGUCAUCUGAGCAGGGACAGUGAAGACAGUCCCUGGGUGGCCAUCGACACGGCUGAACAGGCUAAGAAACGCAGCUUCUUCAUCAACGUUUGUAAACCUCUGCCUCCGGUGCAGGGCUGCCCGGUGGGCCUCUUGGGUGCAUGCGGCACCAUGGAGGGUAAAGGUGUGAACCUGGGCUACGUCCAGUCCAGCCCCCAGGUGGCCUCUGACGGCUCCAUCAGCAUCGUCUACCUCAACGGGGACCGCUGUGACACAGACCACUACUCCACACGUAUCAUCUUCCAGUGUGACGACAACCCUGGUUCUCCUGUAUUUGACCGCCAAGACGGCUGUGAAUAUGUGUUUAUCUGGAGAACCUCCGAGGCGUGCCCUCUCACCAGCGCUCAGGGUGAAAACUGUAAAGUCAAGGACCCCAGAAGUGGCUACAUGUUUGACAUGAGCUCCCUGUCAGGGAAGGACUACAUGGUGAAGAGUGGCCAGUACCAGUACCACUUCUCUGUCUGUGGGGGGCUUCAGCGAGGGAUCUGCACACACAAAGACACAGGCAGUGACCAGGUGUCAGUCUGUCAGGUGGAAGGCAGCACCCACAGAAUUGCCGGCAUGGCCUCACAGACUCUGAGCUAUGUUGGAGAACAGCUGGUACUCAACUACACUGGUGGGGAGACCUGCCAUAGGAUCUAUCAGAGAUCCACAGCGAUCUACUUCUCCUGUCAUCCUAAAAUGAACCCUGGGGUGCCAGAAUUUAUCAAGGAGACUGCAGAGUGUACCUACCUCUUUACCUGGCGAACAGCUCUCGCCUGUAUCCCUGUGAAAACUACCAGCUGCUCAUACCAAGAUUCUAAUGGAAACUCGUACGACCUCUCCUCUCUGGCCCUGAACUCCAGAAACUGGGUGGUGGAGCCCAGCACUGGGAAGCAGGAGCGCUACUACAUCAACGUCUGCAAGUCUCUGGUGCAACAGGGGGGCUCCUGGAAGUGUCCGUCCAACGCAGCGUCCUGUCUGAAGAGUGGGGAGCAUUAUGUGAGUCUGGGAGAUGCCGAGUCGGCCCCACAGUGGGACCAGAACAUCCUUGUACUCAAGUACACCAACGGAGAGAUGUGUUCCGGUGGACAAAGGAAUAAGAGCACCAUCAUACGCUUCAAAUGUGACCGUGACAAAGUGGACUCAAGACCAACCCUGAUCAUGGCCAUAGAGGACUGUGUCUAUACCUUUGUGUGGUUCACUGCAGCCGCCUGCCCCCUCAACAGCAGCCAGCAUGGCGACUGCAGAGUCACCAAUCCAGUCACCGGCCACCUCUUUGACCUGAAUGGACUAAGCCACGAGGGAGGCUACACUGUGUAUGACAACCUGGACCCUAGGAAGAUGUUCCGGCUCAACGUGUGUGGGGAAGUGGCCAACGCAGGUUGUGGACCAGACGCAGGUGCAGGUGUGUGUAUCAAGGAGACCAAGAGUGCUCUGAGUGGCGGGCGGGCCAGCAGGAAGCUGUCAUACCUGGACCAGGUGGUGGAACUGACCUAUGAGGGCGGAGCUGUGUGUGCAGCCAACCCCGCCAUCACACACAAAAGCAUCAUCAGCUUUGUAUGCAAGGCCCAUGCAGACGCCAGCACGGGUCCAGUACUGGUGUACUCAGACAAGAACACGUGCACACACUUCUUCUCCUGGCACACGCCCCUGGUGUGCGAACAGCAGGUGAAGUGUUCAGUCCUGAACGGCUCUACCCUCAUCGACCUGACUCCUCUGAUCCAUGUGACGGGCUACUACAUGGCCACAGACGAGGACCUGGUGGACAAGGACCAGUCCCCUGACUUCUACAUCAACAUCUGCCAGCCCCUCAACCCCAUCCCCGGGGUCACCUGUCCCCCAGGGGCCGCUGUCUGCAUGGACCCUGACGAUGGGCCCCCUGUCGACAUUGGUCGAAUCACUUCCACCCCGGAGUUCAACAGCAUGACCAAUGAGGUGUCAAUCACUUUCAACAGCACCACCACCUGCCCCUCUGACUCCACCCAGAACUACACUUCCACCAUCCUGUUCACCUGCCAGAGAGGCCUGGAGCUGGGCUCGCCCCAGAUGAUCAGGAAGCAGGACUGUAUGUAUGUGUUUGAGUGGGCCACUCCGCUGGUCUGUCCUGAUGCCACUCAGACCAGUGUCUGUAACCUAACUGACUCACAGCUGCAGUUCACUUUUGACCUCUCACCCCUCUCUGGGGAGAUCCAGGUGCCCGGCGUCGGUUCAGAGACCUAUAAGAUCAAUGUGUGUGGGGCGGUGACGGACCCCAAAUGUAAGAACAGUGCAGUGUGUGUGCAGUCGCCAGGCGGAUCAGCAUUCUCCUAUGGCAUCAGCCAGGCCAUGACUAUGGACUACAAACACGAGGAGCAGGCUGUCAUCAUGCAGUACGGAGGAGGAGACAUCUGCCCAGCAGUGACUGAGAAUGAGGAGGUGUGCGUGUUUCCCUUCAACUUCCUGAAGAAGUCGUACACAGCAUGUACAACCGAGGGCAGGAUGGAUGGGAGACUCUGGUGUGCCACCACCAGCGACUUUAACAAGGACAGGAAAUGGGGAUUCUGCGCUAAUGUUACAGGGAAGAGGCAGUCGUCCAUCCUGUUCACCUGUGACCAGUCAGCCGGCCAUGGCACCCCAGAGCUUCUCAGUGAGACAGGAGGCUGCGCUGCCACCUUCCAGUGGAGAACCACAACUGUAUGCCCACCCAAGAAGAUGGAGUGUAAGCUGGUGAACCAGCACCAAACGUACGACCUGCGCACCCUCUCCUCUCUCACAGAGCCCUGGAAGUUCAGUCACAACAAAAUGGCGUACUAUAUCAACCUGUGCCAGGGGAUCCAUGGGGGCCUGCCAGACUGCCCCGAGGGAGCCACGGUGUGCCGGAGGACCAGCGAGGGGAAGACCCAGACCCUGGGCCGUGUCUACACCCAGAAGAUGGCUGUCUCUGAUAAGAAGAUCCUAGUGAGCUACACCAUGGGAGACACUGUGUGUGGAAACGGCCUCAAGGCCAAGACAGUGGUCCAGCUGACCUGUGGUCCUAAUAUAGGCCAGCCCAAGCUGCUGAGCGUGGAUGAAGCCUUGUGUGAGUUUGUGCUGGGCUGGGAGACUCGUGCGGCAUGCGCUGCUCAACAACGUGAGGUGUUGAUGGUCAACGGAACCAUCAAAGUCCCCGAUACAGGUGCCAACUUCAGCCUGGGGGCCCUCUACUACAGGCUCCACCAGGCCUCUGGGGACAUUCGCUCCAAUGGGGACAAGUACAUCUAUGACAUUCAGCUGUCAGGCAUCACCGACAGCUCCUUCUCCAUGUGUCUCGGGGCCAACAUCUGCCAGGUGAAGAUCAACGGAGACUACAGUAGAAAGAUCGGCUCCUCCAGCAAGGCCAAGUACUACAUCAAAGGUGGUAACCUGGAUAUGCUGGUCCCAUCGGAGUCUGUGUGUAUGCGGGACAAUUCCAAUACGGUGUCGUCGGCCAUCUUGUUCCAAUGUAACCCCUCGGCCGGGGAGGGCAUCCCUGAGUUUCUGUUGGAGACGGACGGAUGCCAGUACCUCUUCAUCUGGCACACCUCUACUGUCUGUGGCCUAGUAACUGUGGAUACCUCCGAGUCCAAGCAGACUGAUGAUGACGGAGGGGAGGACCAUAGGGCCUUGUCUGGGAGGAGCCAGGCUGUGGGGGCGGUCCUGAGUGUGCUAUUGGUUGUGCUGACCAUCUGUCUGCUGGUUCUGCUACUGCACAAACGAGAGAGGAGGGAGCUGGUUAUACAGAAAGUGAUUGGAUGUUGCAGGAGAGGAAACCCUGUUUCUUAUAAAUACUCCAAGGUGACCAUGGAUGAUGAGGGAGGGGAAGAUGAAAUGGAGUGGCUGAUGGAGGAGAUGGAGGCCCCAGCCAUGUCCUCUCGCCUCGGAAAGGAGGGCCAGGAGAACGGCCACAUCACCACCAAGCCCGUCAACGGCGACGCCCUGCGCUCCUUCUCCCUGGACGAUCAGGAGGACAGUGAGGACGAGGUCCUAUCUGUCCCCGGGGUGCGUGUCCAUGGUGGUCGGACCACUCUACGGCCCUCGAGCUCCAGGACCCGCACUUCAGGACCCCUCCGCAGCGCCCUGCUGGAGGAGGAGAGUGAUGAGGACCUGGUGGGGCUCCUGGAGGACAGGGGGAGGAGGGGAAGGGCCAAGCCUCACCGUGACGACAGACCCCCCCACAGGAAACAACAAGAGCCCCAGGAUGACAGCGAUGAGGACCUGCUGAGAGUGUGAGGGACUCCCCAUUCUCCCGUCCACCUGAACUAAUAUCUCUCUUACUCUUUCUCUCUCUCUUUCUCUGAAUGUCUCCGCACAACGAUGACAACGCAAGAAAGCAGAAACCCUUAGAGACGUUUUGUUUAUUUUGUAAAGGGAACGAUGCAGAAUGUCUGUUGGCUGUUUACAGUUUUAAAGAGCAGAUUUUUUGGGGGGGGGCCCUCUUGGAAAGAAAGUCGAUGCCUUCCUGAUGAGUGUUUUCAUCAAUUAAUUGUUUUUUUGUAUUGUUUGAUUUUGAUUUAAUUUAUGUACAUCGGUAAUGGAGUUCUAUUUUGUCACUUGCAUUUUCCUGAGAAUUGCUUAUUCAAGUUUUGUAUUAUUUAAUUUUGUGGACUGAUUUGCUCUGUAAAACUCUAUACUGUCAACCUUGCCAGGAUUGGACAUGAUUGGCCUCUGUGUGAAUGGAUUGUUGUGAAAAUGGAAAAUAAGUUAUUGGGAGAACAGGGACUUGAAACUGUGUUGCUCAAACCAUGACUCAUUGGUACAUGAGAUUCUUAGGUUAUAUUUUUUUUUUGUUGAGUUCCCUAUAUUGUAUUUAUUCAACAACAGUAUAUCAAAUCAUCAUGUGGUUUUGUACUUGCACUCCAUAUGUAUCACAGGCACAGCUAGUUGCCGUAUCUGUUAAAUGCUAUAAAUUAACUCUGCUUCUAGAUGUUGCCUUGUCAAAGUCAUGACCUAAGUUUAUUUGAAAAUGGACGUUUUCUGUAGAGCUGAAACUCACUUUUUGCCAAAUUGCAUGUGCUAUCCCUCAUAAACGGAAGUCAUGAAAGUUGUAGCUAGUGCCAUUUAAAGAUGCAAUGUAUUUGUGAGUUUGAGAUCCCAUUUUCGGUCUUACUCAGCCAUAUCUAUCCCUUGUAUUACCUUUCUGGGAAAAUAUGGAUUACUUGAAAUUAAUUUAGCAUUUAUCAGUUGGCACACACAAGUACACAAACACCAUUACACAAAUCACAUGUACACAGGCAGUGACUUAUUCCACUCUCAUGUAUCUGUAGUUGGGACAAUGCCUCAUAUUAAUGUCAGUGGUACAGAACAGUAAUUAGAAAAAGCUUUUGAAGUGGAACUUGCCUCACUAACCAGUCUGGCUACAGGAUUCUUGUUACCGUUGUCUCUCUUCAGACUUCAAAUUGGAGAGUUUCUUUGUUAUGCCAGUGUUUAUCACCAGUGUUGAAGCUAAUGUUCACACACUUAGCAAGCCGCUAGCCAUAGUGACCUUAUCCAAAAAAUAAAGGUUAACCUUUCAGGGUAUUUAUUAAGGUUUGUAGCUGCACAUGUUAUUAAUAGGAGAAAUGUUUUGGAAAAACAGCAGAAAAAAACUUCACAAUGUUGUGCAAGGUUAUAAAAUAUCUAAUUUUGCAUUUAUUUUCCUAAGUUUCCACACCUCCCAAGAUCAUGAAUUGAAAUUGUGACAUACCUGCGCAAAGGCUAAUAUUUAAAACAGACAUUACUGUAGAAGUCAGAUGAAAAAAAAAAAAAAAAUAAGACUGCAAACCAUUGCAAGGCAGUGUUUGAGUUUGGUCCCUGAGAAAAAAUUAGAUGUUUUCAGGUACUUUGAUAUGGGGAAAGAGCACUUUGUGCUACCUUUCUUCAGGAGCGAUGGAAAGUAAUCCUGCGUGGUAGUAAUUUGAAGGAAAUCCUUGCUCGUUGUAUGUCUAGGUCUGCUGUAAGCACCAAAGCAUGUCUGCUUGGUUCAUCUGUGUGGGUAUGAAUCAUUGGAUAAGGAGCUCCAUUCUGAUGAGUUGGUACUUUUGGAGGUGAUUUGGUUCUUGUAUGUUAUUUUCUCAAACAUGUUUUACUGCUUUUUGUCUGUUUUCAUGUUUAAAUUUUGAUGUAAAAAUGUUGCAUUAUUUGAAUAAAAAAAGAGCUCAGCUGUC